GCAUGCGCGCUGGUUCAAACGCGAUGGCGGCUGGGGCGGCUCUCGGCUGAGGGGGAGCGACCCCUGCCCGGGCCCUCACCCGCCCGCCGCUGCCUCGGCACGAUGUCCUCGGAGGGCAGCGGUGCGGCGGCGGCGGCCGGACAAGCGCCUAAAGUUAAGCGGAAAGCAGGACGAAUCGUGCAGUCUCGCUACUUGCAGGUCCAUAAGAAACACGGCAAGAAGACGCCGAGAGUGCCGAGCUCAGGCGUCGCUCAGCUAAAGACAGAAAAGGAUGUUUCAUCAAGUUCCUCUUCAUCAAAUAGUUCUCUGCCGUCUGCUAGAACUAAAGCAAGAUCGGUUGUCUCUCAGAAACAGGAAACUUCUGCUAGUGUUGACCUCAGCUCAUUGAAUCAGGGUGGUUUUGAGAAGGGUGACUUGCAGUCCACUUUAUUAGAUGAAGGGAAAAUGAAGAUACCAGACCUUGAUAUUUCUGAUAUUAAUGAUAAAAGUGACCCCAAGAAGAGUUCUUAUUCAGAAUCUGCUUCAGAAGAAGAUUCAGAGACAAAGAAAAUAAGUGGAGAGAUUGAUGAGGAAACUGAUACUUGUGAUCUUAUGGCAGAGCUGGAAUCUGAGACACUACUUUUAACUUUCCUAAGAAUAAAGACAGAAAAAAAGGUUGCCAAGAUGGAGGAAAAAGCAGAAAAAAACUUGUUAAUGUUGUGUGAAGAAAAGCGGAAACAACAGGAGAAGCUCUGGGAGCUGAAACGUGAAAUUCUGCUUGAGGAGAGAGAGCAGAAGCUCAAUGAAACAUUAGACAGACAGAUAGAAGUGCUGUCUCCCCUCGUUGCUGUCUGUGAACAGUUUAAAGAGCAAUACAAAAGCUUUGCAGCUUCCCUGGAUGCUACGAGACACAAAUUGCCCAUAAAGAACAUUCACAUAGAAGGAGAUAAGCAGACCUACCUUGAUGAACUGGGAAAGCAAUUAAUGAUCACACAGGAGCUUCUGACACAAGUUAUGCCAAACCACUCAGAGGAUAGUGCAAAAGCACUUGGUGCACUGAAGGAGCUUCAAGAAGUGUCUCAGCAGCUGAGCAAAGGGCUUCAAAGGAGCUUCACAGAUGUGCAGAACCUGUCCUUUGAAGCCAGUAAAGAAGUUUCUCUGCAUAACCAAUACGUGUGUGAAGAGACUCAUGGAGUAGAUGUUGUAAAACGCUGGUAUUUCAACUGAGUUUCUGUAUUGUUUUACUACUGGACCAAGUUGAUUCCAGCCUUAUUUACAGGAUUGCACAUACCUUCAUAAUUAGAAGAUGGUUUGCAAUCUUCAGAGGCUGUAAUUGCCUGAGAUUUCUUGUAGUCAGUAAAUACCAAAUGGAAAAUCUUCAAUUUAGGAGAAAUCUCUCCUUUAAAAGAAUGAGCAAUUCAAAAGGGCUGUAUUCCACAUAAGGGUGAUUGCUAUCUGUGCUCUUUGAGAUGUAGAAAUAAACAUUUGUGUCUUAUUCUGAGGGUGAUGGACCUCCAUUUUAGAACUGCACUUUGCUUCAUUUAUCAAUCCAUUGCUGAAUCCUGUUGCUUGUUCUAAGUCCUUACCCAGAGCUUUUUCAAAGCUCUUUCCUGUGGCUGGCAGGAUGGGUGUUUAGUGGCAUUUUGUGGGUUUUUUUGGUACGUUCCCCAUAGAUCUCUUGUCUGAUUACAAGUCUGUAAUUAGCAAUUUAUGGUUUGCUCUAGAAAGAUAUGGAUUGAGUGUAGAGGUAAUUACUUAACAUUUUGAAAGCAUGAUGCUGUUUCAGCCCAAAUAUACCUGAUCUCUGCCAUGCCAUGGGAACAGCAGAGGUGCUCCAUUUUCAUUUUGCCUCCUUUAAUCUUUAAACAAAGGAUCCCAACAUCCCCUGAAGUGUCACCCUGAGGAGAGGCUGGAUCAGCAGGGCUGCUCUGCAGACAGGGAAGCACUGAGGCAGGCAGGGUUCUGUGUUUGUAGCUGAGAAUAGGAAGAAACUGGGAAACAGUUUGGAGUUACCAGAUUUUUUUCUUUGCUUGUUUCAGUUUGUCUCAAAAAGAAUCCCCAAACAAGCAAACAAACAAACAAAACCUAAACCAUUCCACUUUAAUGUACUUUCUAAUAAGUUCCUUCUCAUAGUUCCUAGCUCAUAAUUUCCUUGGGAAGUGACCCCUGUUGUUCCAGAGUCUUAUCUUGUCUAAUUUGUCAAAAAGUGUUUGUUCUUUUUCUAGGUUUGUUCCAUAAAAAUGAAACAGUGCUGGUUUAGGAUAGAUUUAAGUAGAAAAAUGUAGCCACA